UGGUCGAUCAGCAUACAGUACUUUUCUAUUGCUUUUCCCUCUUCAGUCAUUGUCACCGUAUUUCUCUCUUUCUCUCUUUCUUACAAACUCUCUUCCUCUUUAUUCCAUUCUGUGCCUCUGCAUCGCUGGUCAGGCCAUUGCGCUGCAGCUCUCCGCAUCGCCGCCACCACUCAGCAACUGGGUGUUUCCACCGCUUCGGGUCAUACGACCGAUUGCGAUAACUGGAUGGGAGGAUCCUCCAUUUAUGAUAGGAACGGCUCAUUAGACUAGGCUGGUCUAAUAAGCUCUCCCCCGCCGGCAUCGUGAACCACAUCUUCCAACGCCCCCCCCUCCACCCCCCUCCUCAUCUGGUCGUCUCCAACUGCGUCCCUGCAGUGACUCUCACUGACCACUGACCCCCGUCGGUUCUGGCGACUGGUUGUCUUUGGCUGAUGGAGCUUGAGCUUGUUUCUUCAACAUGGGUUGUUGCUUUUCUAUAUCGCGCGACAAUAGCCGUCCUUCCUAUGCAGCGCAGGUAGUUACCGAAGAGCGCCGUCCCGAAGACUCUCAUCCCCAAGCUGCCGCAACAAGCAAUGCGCUCACCUCUGGCAACUCGUCUACCAGGGCGCGCGGAUCCCGAAUCAGGGCAGAACACUUCCCGCUGAACCAGCAUUACAAUGCGCCUAUCCGUCGUCACGUCUGGUAUAGCAAACGGCGCCUAUGGACCCGCACACAACUGGACCAGGAACGCACCGAGUUCUUCGAAACUAGGGUCACAGGUCGUUCAGAGAUCUGGGCGGCUUUGUCUGCGGCCAUCUCUUUGAUGCGCGCCGGUGAUCUCGCAACAGCGCAGAGUUUCAUUGAUGCAGCCGGCAUCACCGUCCCCACCGGUGAUCUCUGCCAAGGCUGUUACGACGAGCAAGGUGUACUAUAUCGGCUACCACAGUGCAUUGUCAGCGACCCAGAGAACAUCGUGCGAUCCGACGAGGAGCCCGAUGACUUCGACACGGACGACGGCAAGCUAUCUUCAGACGAAGCCUCCGGGGAUGAAUUAAUAGCCGAUGACAUUGAACGUCGUCGGGACGAAAAGGGCAAGACUAGCGAACGUGAUCUGAUCCGCAUCCGUGCGCGAUUGAGCGAUAGAGGCGGCCCCGACAUCAUCCUGUCUGUGGUGAAGACGAUGAACGUCGGCUUGAUAGCCCGCAAAGUGCAACAAGAGGCAGGGAUUCCGCGCACUCACCGUGUGAGAUUCGUCUACCUAGGCAGAAUGCUCAAGGAACAUGUGCCCCUAGUUGACCAAGGAUGGAAUUCCGCCCACGUUAUCAGCGCCCUCGUUGUCCCGCGACAAUCGGUGUCCUGACAGUUUCGUGGCUGCGAUAGCUCACAUGCAACCUAAUAGCCUGCCUGCAUGAACAACCUGCAGAGACCGAUCCACCUAACCCACACUUUGAUCUAC